CUGACAGCCAGAGAGAGGAUUUUCUUUUUCACUCUUCAUUCAUAUUGGCUUGUUCUUUUGAAGAAUAAAGUUUCAAGUGUAAUUUAUUCAGAAAUUCCAAGUAAUUAUAAAAUAAAAACACUUCAAUUUUAUAUUUAGGAACAUGUCUGCGAAAAAGGAGGCGCUGCCAGGGGAGAAGUCCGUGAUCCGGGCGUAUUUUCUGUGGUUGUUUAGUGGGAUUUUUGGCGGGCAUCAUUUCUAUCUUCGUAGGGACAGGCACGCCUUUGUCUGGUGGACAACCCUUGGUGGUUUUGGCGUUGGGUGGCUUGGUGAAAUAUUCCGUAUUCCUCGCUACGUUAGAGAUGCCAAUCAAGACCCUCAGUAUAUGCAGGAACUCGCCAAUAGGAUGCUACGUAAUAAAAAGCCUCCAUUUUCGAUGAACCGCUUCACCGGCAUGUUGAUGGUGGGUUACUCGUGGGGCCAGAUGGCAAUGUCAGCCGUGCCUCCAGAUGAGUUCAACGGAAUCAACCUGAGAUACCUGAACUAUCUUGUCCCACUUGUUGCAGCUCUCGGUGUGUGGACGGUUGGCAACAUUGGACGAGAACAGGGAAGUCUGAAGUGGCCACUCCUUGCUGCCUAUGCGGCGUACCCCGUGAGGUUCUAUGUGUAUGACGAGACUGUGUGGUUCACACUGAUGGUGCUCGCCUCAGCUCUCGCGUUUGACUCCUUCUCCAAGGAGUGGCGCAAGAAAACCACCAAGAAUAGCCUUGUCAAGCGAAUUGCUGUGCUGGGUCUGUGUGCCUCGCUUUACGUAUUGUUGUGGGUCAGCUACCUCUACUUCCACGGCACGAUCACUGACAGCGAAGGUGACGAGGUGCCAAUCUAUGAAGCUCUGCAUCACUUCUUCACUAGCCCCUGGUGGUUGGAUGUGAAGCAGUGCCUCAUCGACACGUACCAGUACGCACAGCAUCACGGCUGGUAUGAGGUGUGGAAGCAGAUCAUCGAGCUAUCCGACCCACACGGCGAACAGAAUGCUUACAAGGUGCUUGGUCUAGGACCAGACGCUAGCCAGCAAGAGAUCACGUCCACCUGGCGACGUCUGUCCCGCGAGAACCACCCGGACAAAGUCAAAGACGAGUUGCAGCGACGAGUAGCUCAGGAACGUUUCAUGGAGAUACAACAAGCGUACGAAAUCCUAUCCAACAGCAAACACAGGCGGAAUAGAAGGAAUAAGAAGGACAAUUCCGAACCAAGAGCGAAUGACAAAGUGGAACUCUAAAAUAAAGGCUUAUAUUUUGUAUUUAGACGUAAAG